UUUUUUGGCCUCUGCGCCUCCGUUUUAUUCACCUUCCCAACGUCUCUUCUAUUUUUAACACUGAUUCAGCUUGUGAGUGAAUAGCGCUUGCCCUCUACUCUAAGUAGUACUAUGGCAAUGUACCUUAAUCUAGACCAACACGCGAUGGAAGAGUGAUUUUAAAUCCUCAGCUCUUGGCGGAUCUCCCGCAACCCGUCCGACUUCUCCGCGUGUGUUUGUUUACCGCAGCUUCGUAUCCUUCCUUUCUCUGUUUAAAUCGUCACCUUCUCACUUGUCCUUCUUGACUCCUUACGCUUGGAGAUCACUUCCUCUUGUCCCCCCCCCCGUAAAUGGCUAAGGUCGAUGCAGCGGCGGAUUCUCCGGCCGCCGCAUCGCCGAACCAUAGCCUCCCCGCUGGCCCCGUCGAGGCUCGUUCAUUAUCCUCCAUCACCGCAAUAGCCUCGAACCCUCCGGCUUACCCACGUAAUCCGACGCAGAAGAAACUUGACCCUCUGGUAUUGUACAUUGUGAGGGUUCCAGGAAGUAAGGAUGUCUUCCUCUCCCCACUUAAACCACCGACAAAAGCUAGUGUCUCGGCUGAAGCUAUCAACGCUUCCCUCUACUACCUGCACGUCUCGACGCCCGAGGACGAUGUCUUGCUCCAGGAAUAUGAGCAAGAGCGCGAGGAAGAGGCGAAAUUGCGGAAGGAGAUGCUUGGAGAGGAAGCCGAUGUUCCGCCUGAGUUCGCGCGAUUGAAUAAUGUUAGACGGAAGCCUGUUCCAGGUGGUAGUGGCAGCGCAAAGGUGGACGCCGAUGCACGACCUCCUCUUCCGGCUCGUCCAUCGAAUUUAUCACUGCAAGAGAAUGUGUCAUCGGCGCCAAACUUUGCGGAUCUGCCAUCAUCCUUGAUGCCGGCUCGUCCGGCAUUGUCGGGGAGCUGUUCAUCGAUCGACAUCCCUCAGGCUCCAUCUCAGAUGGCUGCUGACAGUCGCAAUGGCUUCCUCGGGUGUAUGCCGGGUGAUGAGACUGCAGCAAGGCCUCCUUUACCGGCUCGACCACUUCCUCCCGUCCCAAAAGAUGAGCUUGCAUUCGAGCUAGUGGAGGAUAAUUGUACGUCAAAGAAACCCAACCGCUGGAGUGCUUUAUCCGGGUAUAUGCCCGGACGAGGCAUGGAGAACUGGAAGGAGAAGUAUGAAGUUCUAUCCUCCGGCCGUCACAGCCUCGACUCUAGGCGACCUCAGGUGCGACCACAGUCGUCGCAUGCGAAUCCCUCACACACUCGCCUGGGGUCUCCGGUGAGAAGUCCUGGCCAAUCCCCAAGUAGGAGGCCGCAUGACAGCAGACAACCGGAACAACCUGGCUUCCACAUCACACUCAUCCGUCGCGAUCCUGCUCAUGGGAGCCAGUGGAAUGUAGCAACAAUAUCGACAUCGAAAAUUGACGGUAGUGCCAUUGACAUUGAAGUAUCGACGCCAGGGUACAACCGGUUCGCUGCGAAAAAUGAACCGCUCUCCCUGGCGAGUCUUGGACUCAACCUACCGUCCGAAAUAGCGAAUCGCAUCUCACUGUCGUCGUCUUCCAGACCUACCCCGGCCGAGCUGACGGAGAACACCCCAACCCAACCAUCGCACCCCCGGAAGUUCCACCGCAAACUAUGCGUGUCACGACCAUACCAGGAAGAGACGCGAGGCUCAUUAGACCUGGGAAACCGGACAUCCAUCGACAUCGGCAGCAACAGUCCAACAAUAAAACCAGUCCUCUCCAAGCUCAAAAGCGGCUACUACACCUUCACCUCACCGUGGAACGGAACCUGCACAUUCUCCACCAGCGUCAACGGCCGCAGCCUAAAAUGCAAGCAUAUGAUCCCGAUGCCCCCCACCGGCCCCAACGGCGGCCCCAUCGACAAUCCCGCCGUCACAGUUGCCGAAAUCCGCUUCAACACCCCCUUCCAAGCAGGCCAUCUCCACCACCAACCAAACCCCUCCCACAUCUCCCCCUUCACUCUCAGCCAAACCCCCGCCUUCAAAGACCCAACCAGCAACCCUAACAGCCACCACGCCUCCAACAUGGACCAGACCACCCCAUCCCCCCCCACCACCAAACGCAACUCCCUCGCCCACUUCCUCAACCCAAACACCUACAAUCGCCCGCGCGCCCGCUCCGGCGCAAGCGCCCACUCCGUAUCCUCCACCUCUAACUUCGGUGUCCCAACCCGCAAACCCUCAACAAGCAGUACCAGCAGCGGCGCCGCCGACCUCGACGACCCAAGCGGUCCCCGUCGCCCUCCGCGCCGAGUCCCAAGCGACGACCGCCUGGACCUCUCGCUCGCGCGAGAAAACGCCGGCGGCGGCAUGCGCGGGAAGAGCGCCAAACUAGGCAAAUUGAUCAUCGAGGACGAGGGGAUUAAGAUGCUGGAUUUGCUCGUUGCGUCUUGUAUGGCGGUUUGGUGGAGAGGUUAUUAUUACUGAUUGGUUGGGCUCUUUUGGGCAAGGGUAGCAAGGGUAUGAGAUUUGGUAUGGUCCGUAUAUUGAUCGGAUGGGGUAUGGUGUCUAUCUAUUUCGAACCUUGAAGUGACUCCCUUUUUCCCAUUUUAUCUUUUCAUUUUGGUUCCAUGUAUGUACGAUUUGACGAUUGAUGAGAUAGUUAUAUAUCCUCAGAUUUACUGUGCUAUUGUCAGUAAUAGAAUAUUGCUACAGAAAAGA